UACCUAUUUUCAAUUUACCCUGAUAACGAGUGAAAGGAGAGAAGGGAAGAAGGGAAAGAGAUGGAGAGGGGAGGAGAAGAGAAGAGGGUGGAGUAUUGGCAGAAGGUGUGGUUGGAAAGUGCCUUUGCUCAGAGGCAGAGCCAGAGUUCUCCUGCUCUAAUUGGCCGCGGGCGCACUGACAGACAGCCGCGUCCCGCCCCCCCCCGUGCCACUCCUGGUGGUGUUGCAUGUGGCCAAGUGCAGCAGGCAGUUUCUGAAGUCGGCGCGGAGUGCUGUGAAUCCCUGCUCGAGCCACCACCACUCUGCAACACUGGCAAAGAGAAAGCCUGGGGAGAGAGGGAGCGAGUGAGAGGGAGAGGGGGGAAGGAGUGAGUGAGCGUGAGCGAGAGAGAGAGAGAGAGAGAGAGAGAGUGAGAGAUCCUCACUGUGCGCCGGGUCCACAUUUGCACGAUGGCAUCGGAUCCGGGGCUGCUGCUGCUCGUACUGUGGACUAUAUCUCUCCAGGUUCAGGGCUCCAGAGACACGAACAGCAAUGAAGUUAAUCUCCUCGACACAACACUGAAUUCAGGAGACUGGGGCUGGCUGACGUACCCAUCACAUGGGUGGGAUGCCAUUAAUGAAAUGGACGAGUACUUCACGCCCAUUCACACUUAUCAAGUGUGCAACGUGAUGAGCCCCAGCCAGAACAACUGGCUCCGCACCAACUGGGUCUCACGCGAGGGCGCUCGGCGCAUCUACAUCGAGAUCAAGUUCACGCUGCGCGACUGCAACAGCAUGCCGGGGGUGCUGGGCACCUGCAAGGAGACCUUCAACCUCUACUACUAUGAGGUGGACCGCGACCUGGGCCGUGGCACCGUCUGGGAGAACCAGUACGUCAAGAUCGACACCAUCGCCGCCGACGAGAGCUUCACGGGGGUGGACCUGGGCGUGCGCCGGCUCAAGCUGAACACGGAGGUGCGCGGCGUGGGCCCGCUGUCGCGCCGCGGCUUCUACCUGGCCUUCCAGGACAUCGGCGCCUGCAUCGCCAUCGUCUCGGUGCGCGUCUACUACAAGCGCUGCCAGGGUGUGGCACGCGGCCUGGCCGUCUUCACCGACGUGGUGACCGGCGCCGACUCGUCCUCGCUGGUGGAGGUGCGGGGCACGUGCGUGGACCACGCCGAGGAGAGGGACACGCCCAAGAUGUACUGCAGCGCCGAGGGCGAGUGGCUGGUGCCCAUCGGGCAGUGCGUGUGCUGCGCCGGCUUCCAGGAGCACCGAGAGGCCUGCAUCGCGUGUGAAGUGGGCUACUACAAACCCACAGCAGGGGGCCAGCCCUGUGAGAAGUGUCCGCUCCACAGCCACUCGGAGACCCGAGCUGCCCUCACCUGUCCCUGCGACGCCAACUACUACCGAGCCAGCGCCGAUCUUCCUGCAGCUCCCUGUACAAGACCCCCCUCAGCACCCAUAAAUGUGAUCUCAUCAGUAAAUGGCACCUCUGUGAGCUUGGAGUGGGGUUCUCCUGUGGAGAGCGGUGGGCGCAGUGAUGUCAUCUACAAUGUGACGUGCCAGCGCUGUGCGCAGGACUGGAGCCAGUGUGAGGACUGCAGCACAGGAAGUGGCGUGUCAGGGGUGGGGCUUGGCGUUAACAAUGUGGGUGGGAAUGUGGUUAAGCUGGGCGGAGGGGCAGGCGUGGUGGCUCGAAUCGGGACGCCUCUGAUCCGGUUCAUACCACAGCAGACGGGUCUCACCAACCCUCUGGUGACUGUUCUCAACCUGGCGGCGCACGCCAACUACACCUUCCGCAUCCAUGCCCUGAAUGGGGUGUCUCGCCUGAGCAACGAGCUACCGCAGUUCACCACCGCGAAUGUGACCACAAACCAGGCAGCUCCAUCCCAGGUGAUCGCCAUUCGACAAGAGAAUGCUAGUCAGAACAGUGUCAGUCUGCUCUGGCAAGAACCAGACCAACCCAAUGGUGUAAUACUUGAGUAUGAUAUCAAGUACCACGAGAAGGACAACGAGCUCCAGAGUUACUCAACAGUCAAAGCCAAGAAUACCAGUGCAAAGGUGUCCGGCCUGAAGCCUGGCACUCGAUAUGUCUUUCAGGUGCGAGCCAGGACCUCAGCGGGCUGCGGACGCUUCAGCCAAACGGUGGAGAUCCAGACGGGCAAAGCCGUCCCUUUGCGCUACGACACAAUGACAAUCACCUGGAUCUGCCUGGCUCUGGUGACCAGCCUAGUCACUCUCCUGACUAUUAUCAUCUGCAGAAAACGGCAAGAGGAGUACUUUGACUUGUCCACCUAUACUGUACACUGCGGUUAUAGCAAGGCCUUCCAAGACUCUGAUGAGGAGAAGAUGCACUAUCAAAAUGGCCACGUAUCAUUUCCUGAAGCCAGGUUCUAUAUUGAUCCCCACACGUAUGAGGACCCAUGCCAAGCAGUGCAUGAGUUUGCCAGAGAAAUUGAAGCCUCCAGGAUCAAAAUUGAGAAAAUCAUAGGCUCAGGGGAGUUUGGUGAGGUGUGUUACGGACGUAUGAAGCUCCCAGGGAAAAGAGACAUCCCUGUGGCCUUGAAGACACUGAAGGCGGGCUACAGCGAGAAGCAAAGGAGAGAUUUCCUUAGCGAGGCCAGCAUCAUGGCACAGUUUGACCAUCCCAAUGUCAUUCGUCUGGAGGGAGUGGUCACGCGCAGCAAACCAGUGAUGAUUAUCACAGAGUACAUGGAAAAUGGAUCACUGGACUCUUUCCUUAGGCGGCAUGAUGGUCAGUUCACCAUCAUACAGCUGGUGGGUCUUCUCCGAGGCAUCGCGGCUGGGAUGACUUACCUGGCCGACCUCGGGUACAUCCACAGAGACCUGGCUGCCCGCAACAUUCUGGUCAACAGCAACCUGGUGUGUAAAGUGUCUGACUUUGGACUUUCUCGCGUUCUGGAGGAUGACCCAGAUGCAGCUUAUACCACAAGUGGGGGGAAGAUCCCAAUUCGCUGGACAGCCCCAGAGGCCAUCGCCUACAGGAAGUUCUCGUCAGCCAGUGAUGCGUGGAGCUAUGGUGUGGUUAUGUGGGAGGUUAUGUCGUAUGGAGAACGGCCGUAUUGGAACCUGACAAACAGAGAUGUGAUAAAGUCAGUAGAAGAGGGCUACAGGCUGCCAUCACCCAUGGGCUGCCCUGUUGCAUUACACACGCUGAUGCUGGACUGUUGGCAGAAGGAUCGCAACGAACGACCUAAGUUCUGCCAGAUCGUCGCGGUCCUGGACAAGCUGAUCCGCAACCCAGAGAACCUCAAAUCAAUGGACACAAUGCUCAGACUAAACAGUCCUUUGAUGAACAGAACCAAUCCUGAUUUCAGCACCUGCAGAUCGGUGGGAGACUGGUUGGACACCAUCAAGAUGGGCCGCUACAAGGACCACUUUGCCGUGGGGGGUUACCACACCCUGGGCCACAUCAUGGGCAUGAACCAGCAUGACAUCCAGAGGAUGGGGAUUACCCUCAUGGGCCACCAGAAGAAGAUUAUGACCAGUGUUCAGAUGAUGCGUGUUCAAGUAUUAAACAACAGUGUGCCGUCGGUGCAUGUAUAAUCAAGUGAAGCGCAGCUGGGGGCUUGCUGCAACGUCCAAACUUUGAAAGGUUAUCAACAGCCUGUACGGAUCAAAACCAUGAACCUUUAAAAGACUUCUCUGAGAAACGAAGUUUCAGAAGGACUGCUACAAUGCAGAAUAUAUGGUUGAGGGAGGUGUGGGUAAGUUGGGAUGGGGCGGGGGACAAAACCUUCUGUUUUUUUCUUCAAAGAGGGUGUGAAAUGUCUUUUUUGUAAAUUAAUGGGUUGCCUUAAUCUACACAAAUGAGUUUAAUUUUGUUGUAAAUGAAGAGAUUUUAAGAUGUUGAAAUAUAAGAUAUAAGACUAUAUGUAGAAAUGAUUUACAAGAGGACGUAGGGCUGUGAAAUGGACUGAGAGCUGUGAAAAGCUCUUGUUGACGGACUGUGAUAUUUACAUGCCAUGAAAACUCUUGUGCUGUGUUCUCUUCAAGUAACAUGACAGAUAGGGGUUUCCUGAUUCUAGUCAUUACCCAAGUUGUAAAUGAGAUUUUUUUUUUUUUUAUCUUUUGGUCUUGUUCGUAAAUAGCUAGGAUCCCAUCUCUGUUAAAAAGCUGCAUAGCGCACAAAACAGAGAAUGUAUGAAUCCAGAAAUCACAGUUUUGCCUGUUAGUUGAAAGGAGGCAUUUUAUUUCGUUUCCUGAUAAAAUGGGAGAUACUGCUCAGAUUAAUGAAAUCUGGAAGAACAUUUUUUUAGUAAUAAAUGGCUGCAAAGUCAAGGGUCAUUCAUGUCCAAUUCAAAUCAGUAUUUGUAAAAUUAGAAUUCUAGUUUGAAUCCUUGCCACCCAAUUGGCAUUAAAACUAAUGUCAAGCAAGGAAUCGGUUGAAGGAAAAUGUUAAUAAUUUGGAUGGGUCAACAAUCAAUCCGUCAACCGUCUUUCAUCUGUCUUGAUGCUAUCCAAUGCAGUUCAUGGGUUCAUGUAGUGCGUUAUUUGUUCCUAUUAAAGAUGCAGUAUUAGACAAAACUGCAUUACAUUUCCUUUGAUACUUAAGAGGAGCAUUUUUAUUUCUUCUGCACCUUUUUGUAAUGUAAAUGUGUUCCUUAAACUCUGCAUAAAUCUAUGAAUAUUACAUUUGUGGGUAAUUUUGAAUGACGAAGCAAAAUUCUAAAAUAGGUUAUCCCUUCAGAUAAGAAAUGCUAUACGGUGUAAGCAUUUCAGUAUAUACAAAAAAUGUACAAAGAAACUCUGACAGCAUCCCAAAAUGUUUCAAAUUUUCAUUGAAGGGUCAUAACUGAUUGUAUGUAUUUCAGUAAAUUUGGUUGUAAAAUACCAUUCAGAAAAAAAUAACUCAAAAGGU